UGUAACGUCACCUCUAGGAGGUGUACUGCUUCAUUGACUGCCGUACUGUACUAGCGUUCCGUAAAGACGGAAUUUAUACUUAUCAAGUUAUCUAAAGUUAUCGCCCUUUGAAAUGUUUACGACGUUUGUAAUCACGUUUUGCGGAUGCAGUCCAGGACUGCCGUUACAAAACAAACAAAUAUUAUAGUCUUAUGGCCCCCUUGGUUGAUUUACUGAUUGAUUGAUUAUAUACAAGGAACAGUAAAGUUAAGAACUUAUCAGCGUCUUUGUUUAUAAAGUCCUGGACUUUCAUAGUAAAUCAACCACACACCAGCCAUGGCAGACUUGAAUACGAUGCAGACAACUGACACAGAAACUGAAGAGAAGAGAGUGAAAAGACUUACAGAAAAGUCAGAAAAACUGUAUGAAGAAAAUGUAGAAAAAUAUAGAAAGAAACUAAUGAGUUAUAGAAGAGAAAUAGAAGAGAUAAUACUGUUGUAUAAGAAUACAGAAGAACUGACUAAAAAUGAUUCUGUUGAAAUGCGCAACAAAUUGAACAAUUAUUAUGACAAUUAUGAUAUGAUAGUUCAAGAGUAUCAUAACUAUCUGGAAAGGAAAGGAACUGAACAAAGCCUAAAAGAGUUAGCAAGCGAAAAGGUUAUACACAGAACUACUGCUGAAAAGGUCGUUAUGAUUUUGACAGAAAUAGAAAUGAGUAUAAAGAAUGUAUCAGUUCACAUCCCAAGUAUAGUGCCAUCUAGAACUUCAACCAAAUCAUCAAGUGUAAAAUCUCAGAAAAGUAAUAUCUUAAUUGCAGAACAAAAGGCGAAGCUCGAAGCGGCGAAAACAAAACUGGAAUACGAGAAGAAAGAAUCUGCCUUAAAGGAAAAAAUGGCUUCACUAGACUCAAAAUUAUCUUUGUUGAACAAUGAGAAAGAAGUAGCUAUAGAAUUGACAAAAUUAGAAACUCUCGAGGAACAUCUAAGUGAAAACUCGCAUUCUGAAGCAAGUGUGAAAUCAGAGAUAUUUGGAAAAACAAAUCAUUGUAGACUUAGUGAUGUAUCGGGUUUACCAAGGAGAAUUAAUUUAAUGACACCAAAACCAGCUAUUCCACUACGUGAGCCAAUGUUUGACGAGAUCUCUCAUUUAAAUCCCAAUGCAAAACCGUUUGCACCACAGUUGUCAGAUUUAUCUGUGUUCCUGUUGAAAAAGGACUUGAUGAUUCAACGACUUAACACUUAUAAUGAUAAACCAGAACAAUUUCAACUCUGGAAAGCAAAUUUCAAGAACAUUAUGAAUGAGUUGAACGCAUCACCGAUCGAAGAGUUAGAUCUAUUGUUAAGAUAUCUUGGUCCUAGAUCGAAAGAGCAGGCGCAAAACAUCGCACAGUCGAACCCGAAUAACAAAUCUAAAGCCCUGCAGUUAAUAUGGGAACGGUUAUUCGAAAGAUUUGGAGCUCCAGAACUUAUAGAAAAAUCAUUAAAGCAAAGGAUCGACAGUUUUCCACGCAUUAAAGAUAAUAGUGAAUUAUACGGACUCGCUGAUUUGUGUCGAGAAAUCGAAUCUACAAAAAAUGAUGAGCGUUAUACACAUCUGUUGAGCUAUUUUGAGUCGUCAACUGGAGUCAGACCCAUCCUUGAAAAAUUGCCGUUCCAUAUUCAGAACAAAUGGAUGUAUAGAGCCACAAAUUACAAAAGAGCUAACCAAGUUUUAUAUCCACCAUUCAGCGUAUUUUGUACCUUCCUUGAUGAGAUUAGUACAAUGUUUAAUGAUCCGGGGUUAUCUGUGUCCUACGUGAAAUCUAAUGAGAGAAAACCUAGUCAAAAUCAAACAUUUAGUGUUCGUAGUCAAAACCAAACUGUUAAUGUCAGGAAAACUGUAACUGAUGCCUCUCAUGUACAAUGUGUAGAGUUCAUGCCAAACUGUUGUCCAGUACAUAAUAAUGCAAAAUCACACACUCUUAACAAUUGUAUGACAUUUUUGCAAAGGUCUGUCUCAGAACGUAAAAGAUUCCUAAGAGACAAUAAUAUUUGUUUUAAAUGUUGUAACUCCAACAAACAUACAUUUAAAUCAUGCACUUUCACAGGACCAUGUGACGAGUGUGGCAGUCAACGCCAUCCUGCAGCACUUCACUACUUUCAAGCGGAACAAUCAACAACAGGCAGUGAUCGUCAAGGGAAGCAACCCAGUAAAGACUAUGGCAGGGAGCGACCUGCAGUAACCCCCCCUGUAAAACCCACAUUUGAAACAAAACCCCUACCUCAAGAUCAAAGACCCCCCUCAAUAGUCACUGGAAGAUGUACAAACAUUUGUGGUGAUGGUUUUGUUGGUAAAUCUUGUUCAAAGACAUUGCUAGUAAAUAUAUAUCCAAACAACCAUCCCGAGUUAUCAAGGUCGGUGUACUGUAUUGUUGAUGAUCAAAGCAAUAGAACAUUGUGCAAGUCGAAAAUGUUUGAUUUGUUUAGCAAUGUACCAGUAGGUAAUGAAAAUUAUGAACUUAACUCAUGUUCAGGAUCCUCUGCGUGUAAUGGCAGAACUAUUGACAAUAUGACAGUUUCAUCUAUAGAUGGACAAUUCUGUACAAAACUCCCACCCAUACUAGAAUGUGAUAGCAUUCCGGACUCGCGGUUGGAAAUCCCUACACCGGAUAUAGUAAAAUACCACCAACACCUGUCAGAUGUCCCCAUUCCCAGGUUGCGUGAGGACUGUGAAAUAGUGCUUCUCAUAGUACGUGACGUAGCAGAGGUGCACCAUGUAUUUGAACAACGUAUAUCCCCUGAGAAGCCAGGUGCCCCCUUUGCUCAGCGUCUAGGUUUGGGAUGGGUAGUCAUUGGUGAAGUUUGUUUGUCAUCGCACAGACCACCAGUACGGACUAUGAAGACUUAUGUUUGCGAAAGUGGAAGACCGUCCAUAUUUGAACCAUGUAGUAAUAAGAUUACCGUUAAACAUUGUCACCUUGACCAGGUCGGGGCUAAUGACAUAUUUGUUCAUACAAAGAAUGAUGAUAAGCCAGGCUUAUCUUUAGAAGAUAAGGAGUUUCUUAAACUUAUGGACACACAAUUUCAUAGAGAUAAUUCUGGUCACUGGACUGCACCAUUGCCAUUUCGUACGCCACGCAUCAAAUUACCGAACAAUCGAUCAGAAGCCUAUCGUAGGGCUAAGACUUUUGAAAGUUCGCUUAAAACGAGAUCGACUUAAAUUGCAGCACAG